AUGGAUUUCGAUGAUGAUGCCCCUCCGGAGUUGGUUGACACUGCGGGGCAGAUUGAACAAAAUGGUGAAGAAAUUACAGUCAAAGUCCCUAUUACAAUUGUGACUGGUUACUUGGGAGCUGGAAAGACGACAUUGUUGAAUUACAUCUUGACGGCUCAACAUGGCAAGAAGAUUGCCGUUAUUAUGAAUGAAUUUGGAGAUUCACUGGACAUUGAAAAGUCUCUCACCGUCAACCAGGGAGACGACAGGGUGGAGGAAUGGCUAGACGUGGGAAACGGCUGCAUUUGCUGUUCAGUCAAGGAUACUGGCGUAAAUGCCAUAGAGUCUCUUAUGGAAAAGAAAGGUGCAUUCGACUAUAUCCUCUUAGAAACCACAGGCCUCGCAGACCCAGGCAACAUCGCGCCGUUGUUUUGGGUAGAUGAUGGGUUGGGAAGCACGAUAUAUUUGGAUGGAAUCGUUACCUUGGUUGACGCGAAAAAUAUUCUGCGCAGCUUGGAUGAUCCAACUGGGAAGGUUGAGGGGCAUCAAGACCACGAUGAUCACGGGCCGCUGAUGACGACCGCGCAUGUGCAAAUAUCUCACGCAGAUGUCAUCGUUAUUAACAAGUCAGACCUUGCUACAGAGGCCGAGUUACAGCUUGUCAAGGCUCGCAUCCAAUCCAUCAACGGCCUAGCGAAGUUGCAUGUUACUGAAAAGAGCGUCGUGCCCCAACUAGAAGGACUAUUACUUGAUCUGCAUGCAUACGACCAAUUCAACGAAGGGAAUGAACGGCUCAAAGGCCACAGUCAUCUCGAUCCUGUAAGCCAGCGAAUAGAGCAUUGCUUUUACUAG